AGUGAUAAAGUGAAAUUCGUGCGCGUUGGUUGGCUUACACUUCGUGUAAGCUCCAAGCUCUGAUUACUCUCUCUCUCUCUCUCUCUAUUUCUAUCUGAAACUCUCUUUAAGCGCGAAACGUGAGUUUGCCUCGUGUUGCAUGCUUAAAUAGCUCCGGAUCGGCGCAGCAGCAACAAAAACAACAACAACAGCAAUAAGCUGAGAAGUUCUGAAAAGAAUUUGAAGUUGUGCUUGUUGCCACAGAAAUUUGCCGACAAUAGCUGGAUGAAUGCAAUUAUUAUUGAUACAUUUUGAACGGGAAUUCGCCACAUUCCACAUAGUCAAAUAAAUAUUCAUAAUACUCAAUAAGGACUAAGCUGUGGUGGCAAUGAGGCUAAUUGGAUUUAUUCUAAAUUUGGCGGCUUUAACAGCAACCGGCUUGGCCAAUCACCAUGACAGUCUGACUCUAAGUCCUGCCGAGCACAGCGUCGUCCGCUACACUAACGAGUCUCUUAUUGUGCAGUGUCGGAGCCCCGAUCCCGAUGUGAAGCUGCAUUGGAAAUCGCCAAAAGGUGAAAUACUCCAAGAGCACAAAGGACGCAUACACAUCGAACAAGCGGCACCUGAACAAUUGAAAAUAGUUUUUUCACACAUUGCGCUGGCGGACAAGGGUAAUUGGAGCUGUGAGGCCGUUGGAGGAGGGCUGCAUAGUAAAUCGUUCGAUUUGAUUGUGUAUCAGAAAAUUACGUUCACCGAAAAGGAUACCGUGUCGACCGUAAAGGAGGGUCAAAAUGCUACCAUAUUAUGCGAAGUGAAGGGCGAACCACAACCGAAUGUCACCUGGCAUUUCAAUGGACAACCCAUUAGUGUGGAGGCAAACGCUCCGAAAUUCCGUAUCCUGGCCGAUGGUUUGCUCAUCAACAAGGUAACACAAAAUGACACCGGCGAGUACACGUGCCGGGCAUACCAAGUGAAUUCGAUUGCUUCAGAUAUGCAGGAGCGCACAGUUUUGAUGAAAAUCGAACAUAAGCCCCACUGGACGUCGAAACAGCACGUUGGCCUUCAAUAUGCAUACAUCAAUGGAACGGCGAGCAUCAUGUGCGAGGCACAAGCGGAGCCGCCAGCUACCUUCACCUGGCAUCGCAAGCAGAAGAGGCUGGAGAGCAACGGAAAACAGUACAUCAUCGAAACGGAUAACUAUUGGUCGCGUCUGACAAUCCGUGUGCUGGAUGCCAAGGUCUUUGACAACUAUCGAUGUCGGGCACACAAUCAUUUGGGCAGUAUUGAACGCAUUACGCGACUGGAUGAGGGCGAGAAGCCACCGCCCCCAUUUGUAUUUCAGCUGCGCGGCUUCAAUUCGAAUACGUUUGAUGUGGAUGUGAGCGCACAGCGUGAUAAGGAUCAGCGCGGUCCGAUGGAUGUGAAUGGUUUUCGCAUUGAGUAUAUGACGGAGCUGGAAUUCAAAACUGAUGCCGGCAAAUGGACGAAUGCCAAGCGCAAGGAUUUCCCAUUUGAAGAAGGGGCCAACUUUCUCAUAACGAACCUGGAGCCGGAUACUGUCUAUCUGAUACGCGCCGCAUCGCGGAAUCUGGCCGGUUUCAGUGACUACACCAAAGUGGAGAAGUGUAGGACUCUGUCGCUGGAGCCACGGGUCUCAGCCGGAGCUCAUCUGCCGCCCAUCUAUGAGCUGCUUUCUGCAAUGUUUCUGUUGCUGAUUUUGCUGCGACGUUGCCAUUGAAUCAAUGCAAAUCGAUAAGCAGAAUCCCCACUCCAUGUGCUUUGUCUAGCUUUAAGGCAUCUUCGCGUUAACCUCAAUAAGUCUGUUUUCUCAAUACCAUAGCACAUAACCUAGCCUAUAAAUAUAUGGAAAGUUAUGUUAAUCUGCACCUUAACUGGACUUUGAGAAAACCGGCUUUGAUUUGCUAUUCGAUUGCUGCUCGUGUUAUUUGACGUGUGUACUAAUUAAUGGUCUAAGUUGUUAAUAUAACCACUCGUAAGCAUAAGUUUAUAAGAAAUAACUUCCGUUUAAGUAAACUUUUGUUCAAGCCCAAUAAAUUAGUCAAAAUUUAUAGCCAAACAGAUAACAUCGUAUAUAAGCGCAGUGCUUAGUCUAUCGCUGAAAAUUGAAAGUUAAACUUUAUGCAAUCCAUUUGAAGUAUGAAUUAUAUACCGGCAGCUGCGUGCAUUGAUGCCAAAAGGUCGUAUAUUAAUUGCCCUAGAUAUAACCUAAAAUAGAAAGAUAAUCAUAACAAAACUAUCUUCCAACUCUUUUUCAUAAAUACUGGAACUAUUAAUAUCAAACAAGAUGUUUUGUGAAAAAUCUAUGCAUUUAUAUACCAUUUCCUCUAAAAUUGAACUAAACUGUAUCAAAGGAAGACCCAAUUGAAGACACUUACUUUUACUAAUCCACCUCAAUCCUCUAAAAAAUAUAUUGAAUAACAUAAAAAGGGAUCAUAAUAUAAAUAUUUGACAUUUUUUAUACAAACGAUAUACAAUAUUCGACUACAUAGCCAAAGAAAAAUAUAUAUACCAGAUAAAAGAAAGAAAAUUCAAAAUCAGACCAAUCUACUAAAACCAAAGUAAAAUUCAACUAAAAAGCUGCAUUUUCAUAUGUGUCAUUCAUUUAAACUACAAAACCACAUUUAAAAAUAUAAUAUGAAUCUAGAUUUUAUAAAAUAUUAUAUAUCAAGUAAAAAUGUUGCCAAUGAUUAAAUGUUUUGCGGUUUCUGUGUGCCAACUGUGGGAAAUACAUAUAAAUAAAAGUAAAUAAAAUAGAUGAAA